AUGGUGGGUCCGGAGGAUGCCGGAGGCUGCUCGGCAAGAAACCCCAAGUUGCUCCCUUUGCCGGCGCCCGAUUCCGCGGGCCUGGACGGGAAAAUGAUUCGGGCCACAGGCGGCUUUGGCGGAGGCGUAGGCGCUGUGGAGCCUCCCGAAGAGGAGGAGGAGGAGGAGGAGGAGAAGGAGGAGACGCCGCCGCCUCAGCAGCUCCUUCGGCGUUACCUCGCGGCGGCCGGGGCACAGCUGGAGCCCGGUCUGUGCUACUGUCCGAUCCCCGCCGGCCACUCUUGUGGUCCGCCGCCCUCGGCAGCCCCGCGCUCGGACGCCUGCCAGCCGGACGCCGGCUCCAAGCACCGCGACGCGGAGGCGGUGGAUGCUGGCUCGGCGCGACACGGUGGCAUGACCAACGGGGACUCGGGCUUUCUGCUGGGUCAGGACACUCGCGACCUGGCCUGCGUCGGCAGCCGGGAGCCGCGCCACCGCCGCCUCGGUCCGGACGGGCCUGGCGACGAGGGCGCGGACGGCGCGGGCAUCCUGUCUGACUGGGCCGCGCCGCUCGAGGACCCACUGCGGAGCUGCUGCCUGGAGGCGGCGGACGCCGAGGAGCCCGAGGGCUCGGGCAGCGGCGCGAGGGACAGUUCGACCAGCGACGGCAGCGGCAGCGAGGACUUGGAGCGGCCGGGAGCCGGAGCCGGGGUUUCCGAGGAGGGCACGUCGCCCAUCACCUCGGCGGAGAGGACUAGUGGGGGCUCCGGCGCCAAGUCGCGCGUCGAUUUCUCUGACGUUCACUUGAACUCUCGGAAUACGUUCGAGGUGAGCCGCUGCCAAAGCGCCCGCGACCACCUGCCGCCGGCGGGGGCGCCGGUGUCCUUGCCGGCCGCGGAACAGGGCCCUACCGGGCCCUCGACUCGGGCUCGACGGAGCGGCGGCUUCGCCGACUUCUUCGCCAGAAACCUUUUCCCAAAAAGGACAAAAGAACUCAAAUCAGUUGUACAUAGUGCUCCUGGCUGGAAAUUAUUUGGUAAAGUCCCUCCCAGAGAGAAUCUUCAGAAAACUUCCAAAAUCAUUCAGCAGGAAUAUGAAGCACGGACAGGGAGAGCCUGUAAACCACCACCUCAGUCUUCAAGGCGAAAGAAUUUUGAAUUUGAGCCACUUUCUACCACUGCCCUGAUUCUUGAGGAUCGACCAUCAAAUCUUCCUGCCAAAUCUGUGGAAGAGGCUUUACGUCACCGACAAGAAUAUGAUGAGAUGGUGGCUGAGGCUAAAAAACGAGAAAUUAAAGAAGCACAUAAAAGGAAAAAAAUAAUGAAAGAAAGGUUUAAACAGGAAGAAAGUAUUGCAAGUGCAAUGGUAAUUUGGAUCAAUGAAAUACUACCCAAUUGGGAAGUAAUGCAUAGUACGAGAAGAGUUCGAGAAUUGUGGUGGCAGGGAUUGCCCCCUAGUGUUCGUGGGAAAGUUUGGAGUCUAGCUGUAGGAAAUGAACUAAAUAUCACUCCUGAACUUUAUGAAAUCUUCCUCUCAAGAGCAAAGGAACGGUGGAAAAGUUUCAGUGAAACAAGUUCAGAGAAUGAUGUAGAAGGUGUAUCUGUUGCUGAUCGAGAGGCCAGUCUAGAAUUAAUUAAAUUGGACAUAUCCCGUACAUUUCCAUCUCUCUACAUCUUUCAGAAGGGUGGCCCAUAUCAUGAUGUCUUACAUAGUAUAUUAGGGGCAUAUACAUGUUACCGACCGGAUGUUGGUUAUGUCCAAGGGAUGUCCUUCAUAGCAGCAGUUCUCAUUCUCAACUUGGAAGAAGCAGAUGCCUUCAUUGCAUUUGCAAAUCUCCUGAAUAAGCCAUGCCAGUUAGCCUUUUUUCGUGUGGAUCACAGCAUGAUGUUGAAAUAUUUUGCAACGUUUGAAGUAUUUUUUGAAGAAAAUCUCUCCAAACUAUUUCUUCAUUUCAAAUCUUAUAGUCUUACACCAGAUAUAUACUUGAUAGACUGGAUCUUCACACUAUAUAGCAAAUCACUACCACUUGAUCUGGCCUGUCGAGUAUGGGAUGUAUUUUGCAGAGAUGGGGAGGAAUUUUUAUUUAGGACUGGAUUAGGAAUCCUCCGAUUAUAUGAAGAUAUUCUUCUACAGAUGGACUUUAUUCACAUAGCACAGUUUCUGACUAAAUUGCCGGAAGAUAUCACAUCAGAAAAACUGUUCAGCUGUAUUGCAGCCAUUCAGAUGCAGAAUAGUACCAAAAAAUGGACUCAGGUCUUUGCAUCUAUGAUGAAGGAUAUUAAAGAAGGAGACAAGAAUAAUAGUCCAGCUCUGAAAAGCUAA